GUAUAUAUAUAGACCGCGAACCACCUGUUGAACCAGAAGGCAACAGACACUCGCAGCAGAACAAUCAUGGCUCUUAAAUUGGUGCUGUUGGUCGCCGCGUCCGCCCUCCUGGCGGAGGCCUACCCCCGCUAUGUGGCCGUGCCCCUCCGGGCGGCGGCGCGAUCGUACCCGCUGUACUACUCGGAGUCUCGCUUGCGGCCCGUGGUGGCCGCAAGGAGGACUCUCGGCCCGUGGUCAUCAUCGAGGAGGAAGAGCCCCAGCAGUGGGAGCUGGACGAGGCCAGCUCCGACCGCUACGAGCGCCAGUUCUGCGGCUACGCGGCGGCACGACCACGUGGACUACGGCGCCUACACCGGCGGCUACGGAGCCUUCGGCUGGUACUCGGAUCACCCCGUGUGUGUCAACUGCGGAUACCAUCACUAAGACUGGUCUGCCUCGCGGUUCCCCCGUGGUAUGUUGUGCUCUGACCUCCUGCUGUGUGAAGAUCUGAACCUAGUCCCACCCCAGGCUAACGGCUCCUGUUUACAUUCCACUAAAGUAGAUACCCUUGGUCAACCCCCCCCCCCCCAGUGCAAGCAAAAACGAAUGCUCUCAAAAGCGAAAGAUCCAAUAUCCCUCAAAUCCAACUCGUGUGUAAAGUAUUUUGUGUUGUAGUGAGCGUCCGUUACUUCAGAUCUCCACCACUAUAGCUAUUAUAUCUAGUCCUUGCCUUGUUGCAAUUGUUAGUUCGCAAUAUGUGGCACUUUGUUCUUGUUUUUUGUAACAGCUGUUAUUAAAAUAUUCACUUUUGUAAAAA